UGAAUGCCGGAAGUACUAUUGUUUACCGACCGAAAGGAAACUCGAUAACUCCAGGAAAGAAUUCAUACCGUUCUGUUGUAGCGAAUCCCUAAAUCGUUAUCGCUGUCUAGUCAGUAAACCUGGUGAAUAUGGUAUUGCUAUUUUUGACGAAACUGUUCAUCAGUACCCGCUUUGUGGGACAUUAACGGAAUCCAAACCAGGGCAGCAAGCUAGUUAGCUAACAAUACCUUACAAAGGAUUCAACGCUAGGUUUGGUGCGUUGGAAAUAACUAGCCACUGGCACGAUGACUGAGGCUAUAGUAACUUUUCAGUCCCAGCUUUCUGGUGUCAUGGAAACGGUCUUCAAAGCUGCCAUGUACGAGAUCACCCGGCUGGUGGAGGACAGCUUUUUGGAGGAGAUAACACGGUGCAGAGAGCAGGUCGAGUCCCUGAAGAGGAGACUGAAGUGGUCCGAAAGCCGAAAAGAGGGGGAAAGGAGAGGGAGAUGUGUUGACUGUGGAAGGAUUGGGGUGUCUGGCGAGGAGACAGCCAGAGCCACAGAGAAACGUCUAAAACAAGAGAGUGUGUUGCAACAAGACACAAGUAGUAUCCAGGACACUGAUGGAGAAACACAUGACUGUGAAGUGGAGAAGGCAAAACCAGAGGCCCAGGAGUUUGAUCAGGCGACACAGUCUGUGGGUGUACAAAGUGAAAAGUUGGAUAAGCCGUUAAAAGAGGAAUCCCUAAGAAUCACACCAGAAGCAAAUCAGUCCCAAGACAGAUGGAAUGCCAGUUUGGAAGAUGCAGCAAAUCUGCCAGGGCCCAGUAAAACUUUUGGUGACCAAAAAAAGUGCCUUGACAACUGGGAGGCCAGUUUUCACCAAAAAACAGAACUGGACAAUGAUGGAGAGUCAGAGGAUCCAUCUGAACCUCUAUUUCAAAAUAGGUAUGGCAUGGAAGACCUAGGGGAUUUUGACAAAGCUGACUAUGGAGACACCAGUAUGAUAGACAUGGGUAAUUUGGAUGAGUUACCAGGGUCACCAUCGCACUUGGGUGAGGAUCUGAGUUAUGUGGGGCAUUAUGCGGGGAUGGUAGAAACACCCAAGGGGGCUGUGCAUCAAGCUUUCCAAACGAGUGCCCCACGGAAUAGAAGAGGCGCGGCAAAUUCCCCUUCAGCUUCACCUUUAAGUACUAACAUCGAUGAAAGUGGAGAGUUCAGCUGUUUAUUGAUUAAUGAGGAAGGAUAUCUACAGGACCCAAGUAUCUUAUAUCCUGGACAUGUUUUUGGUGAAUCAGGCAGCAGACUAAACUACCGUGGACAGGACAUUCACACUGAUCCAGCUUUAGAAAGCACAGAGGACAUGUAUAAGCAAACAGACACAUUUGAUACCUUAAAUUUGGGAAACAAGUUGCAACAUGAGGCUGGGAGAAAAUACAGCUGUUACCAAUGUUCAGUGGCAUUCAGUGAUUCCGCGUCUUUAAAAGCUCACAAGCAGACACACAAAGUCCCCACACAAAGACCAUCAUACUCCUGCACCCAGUGUGGAAAGACCUUUACUCAGGUCUGCAACCUUAAAGUCCACCAGAAGAUUCACUCUGGACAGGGGCUCCACCUCUGCAGCCACUGUGGCAAAGGUUUCCGUUGUUUUUCUGAUCUAAAGAUGCACAAAUGUGGCAAAACGGGUGACAAACCUUACUGCUGUGCUGUAUGUGGGAACAAGUUCAGUCGUCUGUGGAAUCUAAAGUUGCACCGGAGAAUCCACACACAAGAAAAACCACAUCGGUGCACCAUGUGCGACAAGAGCUUCACACGGGCAGACAUACUGAAGGUCCACCAGCGUACUCACACAGGGGAAAGACCAUACUGUUGUACUGUCUGUGGUCUCAGCUUUAAACGCCUAGAUCAUCUAAAAUCACAUCAACGAAAACACAUGUCAGAUAUUUAAGACUGGGACAUUUUUCUUGAUGAUUUAUUUUUUGCUUUUAAGUCUACCUUCAAAAUUGCUUCACCUUGAUUUGCAUAAUUUGUCAUAUUUGUGAAUAAAACACUUGGUUAAAUUAAAAUAUUAAUAUUUGUAUUGUAUUUUCUUAUUUGUGGUUAAGUUAAACAUUUACAAAUGUCUGAUAUAUGUUUCUUUGCCAUUAUUCUACAUUGCAAUUUUCAAGGUAUAUAUUUUUUUUAAAUUAGUAAAAUAAAUAAACUUUCACUUAAUAUUUGGAUUUAAUAAGAUGCAUCUGCCAUUUAUUGGAGGUAUGGGACAGAGCUCAUGUUACUUGUUGAUGAGAUUUAUGAAAGGGAACCAUAUUUUAGUUAACGAUUUUUAGUCUUUUUCCACAUUGGGUCAAACUAGAUUAAAGUCUUUUGGAACAGCCUUGCAUUUGUGUUUAAGAUAUCUGAAACCCAGUAACACCAUACUUUGUUCUCCAUGUCUGAAAGUUUAGUUGUGUAAACUGGAUUUCUUCUUUUCAGUAGAAAUGUAGGUUUCUUCAGUCUGAAGUCUGAGACUGGAGAAGCCACAUUUAUUGGUGGCGAAAUGUUUCUCCUGAAAAGAAAAAAUCUAGUUGACAUUACUCAACAUUCAGACAAUUUCUUGUUCUCCAUGGUAUGGCAUUUUAUCUUUUUUUACUAAUACUUCUCCCACUACUGUAAAUAUGCAUGUGGCACCCAAUGACAAGGCCCGCAGGCAUGUACUGUAUAUACAUUGAGUAUUUUUUAAACUGCAAAUGUACAUGUUAUCAUAAACAUCAAGUUUUGUGUAUUCUGUAACUGGCAUUGUGGUGUGGGCUUGAUCAAAAUUAUACUUCAGUUAUUUGAAGGCACAAAAUAAAAGAAUUGUAAUGAUGUGGAUAAAAAAAAUUCAAAUAAAGAAACAAAUUUUU